UACCGGCCGGGGAGCUCCCUGGUGACGGGUGUGGUCAGCAGAGCACUGACCAGCCCGGGGGCGCCAUUGUCAAAGACCCGACUAUAUAAUGGACGAGCAAACUGAUCCAGGUAUCAGUUCGACACUGCAUCCCGUCACACCAACAUGAAGGCCUUCAUCGUCGCUGCUCUAGCCCUGGUGGCUGCUGCCGACCGGCCCCAGCCUUCCUACAGGCCUCGACCUGCCUACUCUGCCCCGACGUACUCUGCCCCCACCUACUCUGCCCCGACCUACGCUGCCCCGACGUACGCUGUCCCGACCUACGCUGCCCCGACAUACACCACCCAACCGAGCUACAAGCCCAUCGCAAUCCUGGAGGAGGAGAAUGUCCACCCCGGAGAUGGCUCCUACAACUUCCACUUCAGCACCGAGAACGGCAUCUACAGGUCUGAGAGCGGUGUUCCUCUGCCCGGCUACGGCAAGAACGCCUACGGACAGCCGGAGGGCAGCUACCGCCAGGAGGGCUCCUGGAGCUACACCGACGGAUACGGCAACCCCGUCAAGUUCAUCGUCGCUGCUCUGGCCCUGGUGGCUGCUGCCGACCGGCCCCAGUCUUCCUACAGGCCACGUCCUGCCUACUCUGCCCCCACCUACUCUGCCCCCACCUACGCCCCUCCUGAACCCCCCACCUACUCUGCCCCGACCUACGCUGCCCCGACCUACACCGCCCAACCGAGCUACAAGCCCAUCGCUAUCCUUGAGGAGAAGAACGUCCACCCCGGAGAUGGCUCCUACAACUUCCACUUCAGCACCGAGAACGGCAUCUACAGGUCUGAGAGCGGCGUGCCUCUGCCCGGCUACGGCAAGAACGCCUACGGACAGCCGGAGGGCAGCUACCGCCAGGAGGGCUCCUGGAGCUACACCGACGGAUACGGCAAUCCCAUCAAGGUGACAUUUGUCGCCGACAAGAACGGCUACCAGCCGUCCAGCGACAUCCUGCCGACGCCGGUGCCCACCCAGUACCCGACCCCUGCUGUUGGUCCCGCCUACGUCGAGCCCCAGUCCGCCUACCAGCCCGCCUACAUCGAGCCCCAGCCCGCCUACGUCGAGCCCCAGCCCGCCUACCAGCCUGCCUACGUCGAGCCCCAGUCCGCCUACGUCGAGCCCCAGGCGGCUUACCAGCCGUCUUACAACUGAACGUUUCCAUGGAUGUGUUAGCAAUAAACCUGCAGUGAUGUUUAUACACUAGGCACCGUGUACAACGUUCAUCCUUGUGAUUUUUGUAAUAAAUUUGUAUAUUGUG